AUGUCAAACGCGACAACCAUCGUCGAUAACGUUAAGCGUAACGAAGAGUCGUUCGGCACGGUGACGUGCGUGUUGCUGCUGAGAAUCGGAUUCCUCUUGGUUCAGAUGGGAAGCAUACCGAUCGAGAACGUUUACGUCAUCGUGUUCCACAACGUCGUGGAAAUCGCGGUCGCGAUACUUUCGUACGGGUUCGCGGGAUACCAGCUCUCAUUCGGAGACCGCACCUUUUACGGUUUCGUCUCGUACGGCGGCGGUCUCGUCGGGACCGACAACCUGAACGACGCUCCGGUCGGAUUCGCGGCGUGUUUAAUCGCCACCGCGAUAACGUCGAGCGCGGUGAUAGCGAGGAUGCACGCGGCGUCGAUGCUCGUCACCGCGUCGCUGACCAGUGCGCUGUUCCUGCCGGUCUUGAUGCAUUGGAUCUGGGACGAGCGCGGUUGGAUGACGAAACGCACGUUGCUCGGAAAAAAGGUCUCCGUUCAAGACCGCGGCGGUAACCUAGUGGUGCACGUGCCUUCGGCGGCCGCGGCCUUCGUCGCCGCAUUAGUUUUCGGCAAGCGAGUGCUCAGAGCGCGCGACCUGAGCGAUUUGUCGUUGGCACGCGAGUACGCCAGCGGAUCGGCGAGCGGCUACUUUCUGAUCCUGAUCGAAUACGUCGGGUUUCCAAGUCGCCACGACGUCGUCGCCGUGAAUAGCCUGAUGGCUAUCGUGGUCGGCAUUCUGUCGACCGCGUGUUUCCAACUGACGCUCUCGCGAAAUCUCCACCGCCACUGGCCAAUCGUCAAGUGUCUCCAAGGGGGCGUCGCGGGCGUCGUCGCCGUUUCCGCCGGCGUCAACAUCUACACGCCGACGAUCUCGUGCUGCGUCGCCGCCGCCGGAGCGCUCGCGUUUUUUCUCGCCCGUUCGCUCGUCUUCAAAUCGGUCGAGGACUGUUGCGGCGUCUUUUCGAUUUAUCUGGCGGGCGGCGCCGCGGGGGCGCUUCUGCCUGGCGUCUCGGCGACCGGCGCCGACGCGCUCUGGCAACUGAUUUGCCUGCUGACGGUACUGCUCGCGACCGUCAUCGUUUACGUGGUUGCGUUCAGCUUGCUGAGCCUCGUCGGCACCUUCAAGAACAAGUUCGAGACGGUCAACCACGGACGGGCGUCGUUUUUGAGGAAGGCGUGGACGCGCGGGCGCCGCCCGGAUUAUUUGAACGCGGCGGGGCGCGUGUCGCCGGAAUUCGACCGGAGUCGCCUCGGCGGCUCGUUUGUUUUGCGAUCUUUAUGA